AUGGAUCCCUCCCCAAUAAGAUCCAACUGCAUCGAAUCAAUCGAUCUCGACCUCUUCAGAUCGAUGAGGCCGAUCGCAUCAAGAAAGGUCAAUAUUCCUGACAAACGAUCAUGCGCUUCGCGAGAAGCGAUUAAUAGCUCCACCAUCAUCGCCUUCGAGGAUACAAUACCAAAAGGAGAAAUCGUGACUUUCCACGAGCACGAAACUAUAAAGCUCGAUAUUCCCCACGACGAUGCCUUGGUGAUCGCAUUGGAAGUCGAAGGCGCCGUCUUCUCGAAAAUCCUCGUUGACACCGGAAGCGCUGUCGACGUCAUCUUACAAAAAACGUUACAGUCGCUCGAGCAACCGAUCCCAAUGAUUAGACAAGAAACAACUCCCCUCGCUAGCUUCGGAGGAAAGUCGGUCAGUUCGCUCGGGAUCAUAUUAUUAACCACCAGAGUUUACGAUCUGAAACUGAAAACAGAAUUCACCGUAGUCGAUCAUCCUAUGCCUUUUGAUGCCAUCGUAGGGCGCCCCUGGUUGCACCAAAUGAGGCGGUCCCCUCGUUUUAUCACCAAUGUGUGA